UCUUCUUCUUCUUCAUCUUCUUCUUCUUCCUCUUAUCUCUCUGUUAUAGAAGCUUGGAAGAAAGAGAAAGAGCAUCCAUGGCUAUUUUCACAGUUAUUAUUGGAGUUGUAUUGGGACUUUGCCUCUUGAGCACUUUCCUUUUGAGAUGGAAUGAGAUGAAGUACAAGAAGAAAGGCCUACCCCCUGGUACCAUGGGUUGGCCACUUUUUGGUGAGACCACUGAUUUCCUCAAACAAGGCCCCAGCUUCAUGAAAAACCAGAGAGCAAGUUAUGGAAGCGUUUUCAAAUCUCAUAUCUUGGGUUGCCCUACAAUUGUCUCAAUGGACCCAGAACUUAAUAGAUUCAUUCUCAUGAAUGAAGGCAAAGGAAUCCUUCCAGGAUACCCUCAAUCCAUGCUCGAUAUUUUGGGCAAAUCGAAUAUCGCAGCUGUUCAUGGCUCUGCUCACAAGAACAUGAGAGGUGCAUUGUUAUCACUUGUUAGCCCCUCAAUCAUCAGAGAACAAAUCCUCUCCAAAAUCGACGAGUUCAUGAGAUCCCAUCUUCUUAAUUGGAAUAAUCAAAUCAUCGACAUUCAAGAAAAGACCAAAGAGAUGGCGCUUUUAUCAUCACUCAGACAAAUUUCUGGAACUGAAUCUUCCUUAUUAUCGAAAGAAUUCAUGCGUGAAUUCUUCAACCUUGUUGUCGGGACUCUUUCGCUUCCAAUUAACCUCCCGAACACAAACUAUCAUCGCGGAUUACAGGCUAGGAAGAACAUUGUGAGAAUGUUGGAGGAAUUGAUUGAUGAAAGAAGACGUUCUCAAGAAACCCAUAAAGAUAUGCUUGGUUUGUUGAUGAGUGGUGUGGAAAACAGAUAUAAAUUGAGCGAUGAAGAGAUGAUUGAUCAGAUAAUUACGAUUUUGUAUUCUGGGUAUGAGACAGUUUCGACUACUUCAAUGAUGGCUGUGAAGUAUCUUCAUGAUCAUCCAAGAGUUCUUGAAGAACUUAGAAAAGAACAUUUGGGAAUCAGAGAGAGAAAAAUGGCAGAGGACCCACUUAACUGGAAUGACUACAAGUCCAUGAAGUUCACUCGUGCGGUGAUAUUUGAGACCUCCAGAUUGGCAACCAUUGUUAAUGGAGUUUUGAGAAAGACUACAAAGGAAAUGGAACUCAAUGGGUUUGUGAUUCCCGAAGGAUGGAGAAUAUAUGUAUAUACAAGAGAGAUUAAUUAUGACCCGUGUCUAUAUCCGGAUCCGUAUACUUUCAACCCAUGGAGAUGGCUGGAUCGAAGCUUGGAAACACAAAAUUAUUUCUUCCUCUUUGGAGGGGGGACACGACAAUGUCCUGGAAAAGAACUUGGCAUAGCGGAAAUCUCCACUUUUCUUCAUUACUUUGUAACUAAAUACAGAUGGGUAGAAGUGGGAGGAGACAAACUCAUGAAAUUUCCAAGAGUUGAAGCCCCAAAUGGACUACAUAUUAGGGUUUCGGAUAUGCCCAAAUAAAAAAUAAUAAAAAAUUGGGUACAUGUACAAAUGAUAUUGAUAGUAGUAGAUUUUGACACAUUUGCUAGAGAUUGUACAAAAACAAAUUUCUAGCAAGAUAGGAUAAAAGUUUCUUGGGGGGUUUUCCAACAAAAUAGGGUUUUUCAUGGAGGAUAUUUUGUUGGAUAUUUUUGGUAAUGAUUAUAAAAUGAGGUGGAGAUAUUGACUUGGGUUUA